GGGGAGAGAGAGAUGGGAGAGACACGGAGGAAGAGUCAGAGAGAGAGUGAGGGAGACUGUGUGGAGUGGAGGAUUGUGCAUCAGUCUAUUGGCGCUCAAAUGGGUAAUUGCACACACAGCAGCCUGAACUAUAGCGGCGACUCCAACUACGAGCUCAGAGUGAAUCUGUCCUGUUUCUGAGCGUCAUCCGGAGAGCAGCAGCUUUUGGAGCGCUGCGGACAACUUGCAUUUUGCUUGUGCAAGUGAUGCUCAGUAUGCGGACCGACCCUGAAGCUGCAUGAACUGCGACUGAGAGCAGUUUAACGUGCUCCCCAGAGGACUACUCCUUCCCUCAGUUAACGAUGGGUUCCGUGAUGUUGGACUGGAGGUUAUCAUGUCUUCUUCUGCAUGCAGCCCUUUUGCUGCUGCUCAGCAAGGGGGAGAGGAUGUGCCCUGCCAGUUGUCGCUGCGAGGGAAAGAUUGUUUAUUGUGAGUCUGGCGUCUUCCAAGACGUUCCAGAAAACAUCACCACGGGAUGCCAAGGUCUGUCUCUGCGUUACAACAACCUGCUGGUGCUGAUACCGUACCAGUUCGCUCAUCUCAAUCAGCUCAUCUGGCUUUACUUGGACCACAACUCCAUCAGUGCCAUAGAUGCUUUAGCCUUUCAUGGAGUGCGCAGACUUAAGGAACUGAUACUCAGUUCCAACAAAAUAAGCCAUCUGCACAAUAACACAUUCAGUGCCAUACCAAACCUGAGAAACCUGGACUUAUCCUACAAUCAGCUGCAGUCUCUGCAUCCGGGACAUUUCUACGGACUGCGCAAGUUACAGAAUCUCCACCUUCGCUCUAAUGGACUGAGGCAGAUCUUCAUCCGCACGUUUCUGGAAUGCCGCAACCUGGAGUUUCUAGAUUUGGGUUACAAUCGCUUGCGGAGUCUCACCCGCACAACAUUCUUAGGGCUGUUCAAGCUUAAAGAGCUUCAUUUAGAGCACAAUCAGUUUUCUAGGAUUAAUUUCUUUAUUUUCCCACGCCUGAGCAACCUCCAGGCUCUUUAUUUGCAAUGGAACCGUAUACGAUCCAUCAAUCAAGGCGUGCCAUGGACAUGGCAGAAACUUCAGAAAUUGGAUCUUUCAGGGAAUGAGAUCCAAAUCUUGGACCCAGCUGUUUUCCAGUGUAUGCCAAACUUGCAAAUCCUGAACCUUGAAUCCAACAAGUUGAGUAGCGUUCCUGUGGAGGCUGUGGCAGCGUGGACCUCCCUGACCACUAUCAGCCUGGCGGGGAAUGCCUGGGACUGCAGCCCCAGCAUCUGUCCUCUCAUGGGAUGGCUCAGAACCUUCAGAGACUCCAAAGACAUCAGCAUGAUAUGCAGCAGUCCCAAGUCUGUGCAGGGAGAAAGAGUGGUGGACAUCGUGAGGAACCACUCGACAUGCGCGGACAUGUCAGUCGUGUACUCAACCACAGCUCUCAUCACUUUAAGUUCAGUUCAGUUUGUGAACAUCACAGCUGGCACAUCUUCUGCUGAUAUUACAGACCUGACUCGUACCGAGUCACCUGCACAGAGACUAACCACUCCAUCUGUCCGUCCUGUAGGAGCUGACAGAAAGACAGCAGAGUCCACAACGAUGAGCUCUACAUCCCACAUCUCUCCUGAAACCCCCACAUCAUUAAUCCCAGAGCUACCAUUUGAACAUAUGGCUUUCCAUAAAAUUAUUGCGGGCAGUGUGGCUCUGUUCCUGUCAGUGUCAUUGAUCCUUCUGGUUAUUUAUGUCUCGUGGAGGCGCUACCCCAACACCAUGAGGCAGCUGCAGCAGCACUCAGUCAACCAUAAGCGCAGGAAAAAGACUCGCAAGCAAGAGCAGGAUCUUAACUCUCAGUUGCAAGAGUACUAUCUGAGCUACCACUCAAACUCAGAGACAAUGGACUCCUUGGUGAAUGAGCCAAGGCCUUGCACGUGCACUAUAUCAGGAUCAAUAGAAUGUGAGGUCUGAGCUGCCCAUUCCACCUUAAGAGACAUAAAGUGCAAUUGCUAAGCAGAGGUAAAUGGCUUUUUCCACAAGAUUAAGUAGUUUUAUCUCUAAUAUGAGAUGAUAGAUUCUGCAGCACUGAGAAAAAAUACUGGGGGGCAUAGUACAAUAUAAUUAUGUGCACAGAAAUGAAGAUUGGAAUGGAGAGAUAUAUUUGGAGAGAGCUCAUUAUCACCCUGACCAGCAUGAGAAGCGUUGUGGGGUCAGCCGCGUUGGCUGUGUAUGAUCGACUGGACCUCUGCUACAGUAAAAGUCAGCUCUGUAGAGAGACCGACCCUAUUCUUGGUCUUAUAUCGCCAUAGAACAUAUGAGCCAACUAAGCCACCUUUUUACUUGCUAGGUUUUUUAUUUGUGUGUUUUUUUUAUUAUGUAGCUUGUAAAGCCUUUAGGAUGUAUGCGAGUGUAUGUGUGGGUACGAGUGUUGCAGGGAUGAGCUGAUAAUCCCCCGGUUUACUGACAUCUGGUUGGUAGAUUUACAGUGUUGCACCUUUUUCUCACAGAUAUUAUAUGUCCAAUUGAAUUAUUUGGGAUUUAACGUACUAGUGCAGCUAUUAGCACUACCAUAAGAGGUGGGGGAACAGUCACAGAGAGAGCAUCUUGUCCUCAGAUCAUUUGCAUGAAUCCAUUCUCCUUACUUCGAUGCUUCUCUCUUCUGUAAAAUGAUCAGUUCUGACUGACAAAACGUAAAAAAAAAAUAUAUAUAUGUAUAUGUGUGAAUUUCAGUUUAAUGUGGAACGAGCCACAUGCAGUAAAUUAACAAUAUUGAAAACCCAUGAGUCUAAUCUCAGGAUUGAUAUUUUCCAAGCUGUACAAAUCUGUCAGGUCCAGUGAAGGCCUCGUGUGUGUCAAAAGUAACAAUGUUGGUUUUCAUAACAAAUUUUGUAUUGAUUAUUUCUGUCAUUAUAAUAAUGCAUUGUUUGUGUAAAGGCAUAAUAGUAUGGGUACUAGGCAUUCUAUGUGAUAAUGACUGUAUAAUUAAAAGAAACAACAACUAAUGAAAAUGUGUUUUUGAUGAGACCAUCAGUGACUGCAGCAGCACACGGAGAAAAAGAAGCCCAUUGUAAUCCGUGCAUUCUGCUGUGGAUGCUGGAUUUGCUGCUGCAUGUGAGGGGAGCUGACAUAUUUUCACGUGUCUUUCUUUUCUUCUCUCCUCUGCUGGCACAAAAACAUCAGCAACAGUAUUGAUUGUAUCUGGGCAGCACACCUCUCACUCAGGGGUAGGGGGCACGUGUCAGUCCCCAGGAAGCAACUGUAGCACAGAGGGGUUUUCUGCUCUGUUUUCUUUGGAACGGGGGUUUGCUUUCAGUGCAAGUGAAGCACAAGCAGGCAAUGGCAUUCUUUGCUUGUCCAAUGAGACAAAAAGACAUUCUAGUCCCUCAAACCAGAAAGAGAUUAAGAGUCUCUGCUUUAUGUAACCACGUAUUCUCUGUCAGUUGAGAAAUAUGGCUCGAGUGCAGUGAAAGUACAGCGAGAAUAGAGGCAGGCUGCUGAGGGACGGAGGGUGUUACAGGUCAAGGCAGUUAUGCUAUUAUGAAGAUAUCAUCCACCUUGGUCUGCCGUUUUCCAAUCCCCUCCUUUCAUUUCUUCCUGCCUCAUUUUUCUUUCCCAGUUUUUUUUUUCCCUGUGUGAGGAGAGAAAAUUGACUCAUGCCAGGAUGUAUGUGCAUCACACGUGCAUGUGUUAAGCCAGGAAUGCAUAGGCGAUGAUGGUUUCUGCAUUAAUGAGCGACAAAGCAGGUGUUUGUUCCUCCGUGAGAUUAAGUUGAAGACAAUAAUCCACUACUUGCUACAGCCUUUUCCUCACAGCUGUCGGUUGUUUUUAAGACCUGAUGCCAGAUUCCUCCUUGAUGUUAUUAGCAUGUUCACACAGCUCAUGUAGAGCAUGUACAGUAAAGCUUCUGACUGGUCACAGGUUGUUCAGAUAAGGAUUUAUGAUCUCUCACAAUCCACUCUCCAAACAUGACUCAGGCUUUCUUUAUCCUCCAGGCAGGCGUGGAGGCAUGGUGCCAACAGAAUUUAUAUCCAUAUAUUUAGUUUGCAGCUCCUGCAUAUAUGAUGAAUUUCUCUCACUGGCCAAUGGGAAAAUCUGCAAAGCUGUAGAAAAAAUGUAAUACGAACAGGACAAAUGAUUUGUUGAUCUAAUUUUGGCAGGUAUUGUAAUUAGUGUUUGAUUUGUCAUAUUGUGACUGAUGAACAGCAAUUCUGCUUGCUUGGAAAUCUUUUGGCGUUGUGUAGCUAAGAAAGGAAUGUUGAUUGGAGAGCUGUGGUCUGCAUCUUGCAGAUCAUUACUGAGGAUAUUUGUUUGGAUGAAAAAUUGCGGGAGUGCUCUGCAUUGACUUUGUGUAACAAUGCACAAAUAGAAACACACUCCAUGGGCAAAAUCUGAAAAAAAUACACAGCCCCCCUGCUCUCUAAGAAAUAUUUUUAAUCGAGGUUCCUUAUAUGCCACGAGGUGCUCGGAGCAGAUGAGCGAGGCCAAAAACAGAAUCAGUAAAAUCAUGCUCUGAAAAAUGCAGAAAUACAGUGUGCUUUCUUGCUGCUUCCUGUAAACACUCGCAGUCAGGGGUAACUUGCUCAGCCUUCACUGGCAGCUGUGAAAUUUUGAUUCACGUCUCUCACUGGGGGAUCUUUGCCAAGGUAACGUGUGUAACACUCUCUUUACCUUGGGUUAAACUGGUUAUGUUGAAGGUAAGCAUAAUCGUCCUAAAGCAGCAGUGAUGAUAUCUCAUCGCGUUAAAAAUAGAUUUCCUUUUUGUUUGGCUGCCUGAGCUCAUAUUAUGAAGUAAGCAAUCUAGAGCAGUAAUUCAGCAUUUUGGGAACUAGCUUAUUUGCUUUCUUGCCAAGAGUUAUAUGAGAAAAUUGAUACCACUGCUCUGUCUGUGUGGUAAAUACAGCAGAAAGCAGUCCAACUCACUGGAUGUAGAUUGCAGGUGUAAGCCUGUCAUUGGCCAAGUUUUUCACAUCUCCUUCUGCUGUCUACGUGUUGCCUUACAGGAAACUAUGACAACAACAACCUCAAAGCAGCAACCUAUCGCACUGAAAUGUCAUGUUUUGCUGAAGAUUUUGAUUGUGUAGUAAGGUAGCCCUGCUAGUGUUUUUUUUUCUUCAGUGAAUUAAAACCUUUGCUGUAUCCGGGGAUUAACUAAAGUUCAAACAAGCCGGAGCGUUUUUCCCAUAUAGCAGACUGAUUGAGGUACAGCCAGACCAUUCUGCACAGAACAGCUAUGUGACACUAAAUGUGACGCUGCAGCCAGCAACCAGCACUUCCAAAAGCUCAGUGAGUCCCAAAAACUCAUCUCAGUUUCUUAAAUUUACAUAUUUAGAUUUUUUAUUCAUGAAAAUCCCCCAAUUUCUGUCUGAAAAGGGCUUCACUGUAACUUCGUGCCACAUCUUGAAUGUGCCAAUCGAUCAAUAUAAACCCACCUCUCCCCACUUACAAUAGCUCGAGCACACCAGCUCACCUGUGAAUCUGCUCAAACACUGUAAAACUACUCUGCACUACACAAUGUUACGACGGCUGUGGCUGCAUAUUGUGUUGAGUGUGGUAUUGCUGUGUUUUGUAUUUUAGAGUUUUUCUUUUGUCUGGGAGUGAGGGUUCUGUUGUUGUGUGGGUCUUUGUUUCUUUGUCCUUGUUUGGUGUGAGAGUCGUCUGUUCGUCCUGUGAGUUUGUAGUGUGUGGUCUGUCGUGUGUGUAGAUCUUUGUUGUGUCCAGGAGGUGUGUAAUUGGUUGCAAGGUGGACCUGACACUGGUUGGCUCUCCACAUCUUUAAAAUUGGGCAGCCUGCAGUGGAUGGAGCCUCAGUGACAGCAGCACCUUUUGUCUGGUCCCAGACUCCAAACGAUUUGUUGAUUCCUCUGAUUCUGUAGAAGAUUAAUUUAGCCGUAGCUUUGAUUUUGUUUUGUAAACUUAGCUAGCCCUUUGUUAGUAGUUGUGUUUUGUUGCAGAAGUUUUAGGUUUGAGUGUAGAUCACCUCCUUAGUUUGAAUCCAGUUUUUUUAUUUUUUUUGUUUGAAUGUAUCGCCCAUUGAGUGGCCUGUUUAAUUUAAAAAGAUAUUAUAAAUAAACACUGGUCAACGGCUUAGAUCCUGGCUGUUGGUUUGGGGACUGGGAAACAUUUUAAGCUAUGCAUCUUCCCCCUAGACAGCUGUAUAACAAUGUGAAGCUGUAAUAUUGGAGUAAUUUGGUAAAACAUCAAUAUAAUAAAACCAGAAACUGCCUCUGAAGACGACGAGUGAUACAAAAAGCCACAUCCUGCAAAUAGGACAUAUGGACAUGUUAGAAGAAAUGAAAUACUUCACUUUUGACAUGCUUCUGUUUCACCAGGAUGUUUAUAGCUGAGAACAAUAACUUCCUGAACUUCCUGGUGGUUGCCACGAUGCCACACAUAGAUAGAUACAGUUUUAUAGGUUAUGUUCACACGCACACCAGUGUCCUUUUUAUGAGGCCUAUCCCAGUUUGAUCACAUGGUGUUUACAUGGAGCGUAGAGGAACUGGUUAUUCACUUCCCCAUAUACAUGAUAAAUACUGCAUCCCUGUUACUGAUUACUGUCUACUGUUUACACAAGGGUCUAUGAUGGUUAAAACACAAACUUUCAGUUUAGUCUGACCUGUGACUGUCAGUCUAACCUUGAAUUAAUUUGAUACUGGCUAUUGAAAAUGAGGCCACUUUGGUUAAUGGUGAGCUUAAUCUCGAGUGUCUUUCAGAUUUGGCUUAUCCACCUUAUUGCUAAUGGGAGACAAGAACCACAAGAAACCAUAACAAACAUGUCUCUCACUUUGAAUGGUGUCAAGCUGUCCCUGUCACUUUCAUCAUGCAGGACAAUGGAGUGAUGGAUGAAGCCAAACAUGUAACUGUGACUGCUGGGAUAAGGUCAUCAGCAUGAAGUUCAGUGACCCUAAACGGAGACCAAAUUUCCGCAUGAGCAGGACAUCCUUUUACCGGCUGUGUAAGACAGUUGAACCGUUCAUGAGAAGAGAGGAAAGAACAGGACCAUCACCAGUUCUGUUACAGAAGACAACAGCCUUCGUGUUGUGCAAAGUGGGUACGCAGUUGUGGAGAAUAUUGUUUAGUUGUUAACAAGCAUGAAGUUCACAGAAACACAGUAAAAGAAGGAAAAAAUGA